AUGGUACAAGCCCUUGGUCAAGCUUUGAGAAGAGUUGAUAGAGUCUCGAGACAGAUUUAUAUAUGCAAUGAUCAGAUUAGACAGAUCGAAAUUGAAGCGAGGGAACAUUCUGUUGGCGUUAUAAAAAUCAGUCUGAAAAAGAGAGACAAAGAGUUGAACAGCUUAAAGGAAGAAUUGGGUUCAAUAAUACAGAAUAAACAAAAUCAGGAUGAAGUGGAAACCCAUGCUGGAGAUUCGGUGAAUGAAGAUUCGAAUUGUAUCUCGACACCUCGUUCUAACGGUUCAGCCACUACCACAACCACUACUGUGCGGUUCCUUGAAGCUCCUACACCAAGUCCUAAAUCGCCUGUGAAGAUCUCACUGUUUCGAUCUUCCAGACCUUUAUCGACUGCGACUAUGCUCAACAUCAAUUCGUUAUCAUUUCCUAUACCUCCUGAUAGGAAGCGAGACGAUCCCUCAUCUUCAGGUGAUCCAUUAGACCUCGAUGCAGAAAAAGAAAGGUUUGAGUGCACCACAGAUGGUGGAUUGACAGUUCAAAUAUGUGAGAAUGAGGACGAGGCAGAACAGAAUUCCGAUGCUGGAAUGGAAUCGACCGACUCUCAUACUACUGCUAUCUCAAUCACCGGUCUGACCAAUGAGAUCCUCAUUUAUCCACCCGGACAUCAUCGAUCACUUUCCGCGUCGAUAAUGGGACUUGAGGUACCCCUCAGUGCAUACCGCUCAGAAGAUGGACAUCAAUUGUCUAACAUGGAUUUGUGUAUUAUAGAUGAUAGCAAUCAUCAGUGCAGAUAUAGGAGCAAUCAUGAACGUUCGAUUUCCGAAAGUGUCAUAAUGACACCACCGGGUUCCUCAACUAUGAAGAUCACAGCUCCAUUGAGUAUCAAAAGUCCCAUGAGUCAUAUCAGCCAAGGGAGAAGCAGACGUCAGAUCAAUAGUUUGACUGUAAGAGGGAACGAAAAUAGGGAAGAAACGGUAAGAGCUAGAAUGGGUAGGGAAAGUUUGCUUGAGACUCCAGAAUCAAUAUUGCUAAGUCUAGCUACCGCUCCUAUCUGGACGAAACAGGAUCAUGGAGCCAGAUAA